UAACUUUAGUUUCCUUUUUAUGGACAAACCUACAGUUUAAUAUUGUUAUCUUCUAGUCCUUUUUCAAAGAUUGAUUCUAUUGAAGUUUAAUUAGUGCUCUCAUAUAAAGAAAGCCUGCACUAGAAGGAAAGCAUAUAUGCCCUUUGUCAUGAAAGUAAAAGUAAAAAUUAUCACAUCACUAUAAAGAAACGGAUACUAAUAAUAAUAAUAAUAACAAAAUCUAAUACAUCUUUUGGCUACUCUCAAUAGUAAUUAUAUUUGCUUAAAAGGCUUGUAGUUGUGUUUGAAAUCACUAAGUAUGCAGCAUUAAUAUUCAAUCAAGUCUGAAAAUAAGAUACAAUAAUGUCAACUUACUCAAUUCUCUUCCCUUUUCUUCUGUUAAUCUCUCUGAGCAUUUCAGAUGGGGCACAAUUGAUUCUAGUAAACAACUGCAAUGAGAAUAUAUGGCCUGGUGUGCUUGGCAGUGCGGGGCAGCCCACCCCGAAAGAUGGAGGCUUUCACUUAGGAAGUGGUGAGGAAGUAGUACUUGAUGUCCCAGAGAAAUGGUCUGGGAGGAUAUGGGGUAGGCAGGGUUGCAACUUUGACAACAAUGGGAAAGGAUCAUGCAUAACUGGUGACUGUGCAAACCAAUUGCAUUGCCGAGGCAGUGGUGGGGAGCCGCCUGCCACGGUGGUUGAAAUGACACUUGGUUCUUCAUCUUCACCACUUCAUUUCUAUGAUGUCAGCCUUGUGGAUGGCUUUAACUUGCCUGUUUCGAUGAAGCCUGUAGGGGGUGGGGUUGGAUGUGGAGUGGCGUCUUGUGAAGUGGAUUUGAAUGUUUGUUGCCCUUCUGCUUUGGAAGUGAGGAGUGGUGGAAGGGUUGUGGGGUGUAAGAGUGCUUGCUUGGCUAUGCAAUCAGCUAAGUACUGUUGUACUGGAAACUAUGCCAAUCCAAACACUUGCAAGCCAACACUCUUUGCUCAUCUUUUUAAGGCUAUUUGUCCAAAGGCUUAUAGUUAUGCUUUUGAUGAUUCUACUAGCCUUAAUAAGUGUAGAGCUACUCGUUAUGUCAUCACCUUCUGCCCUCCGCAACAGUAAUUAAGAAAGUGACAAUGUGGAACUUAGGAUCACAUUACUCAUUGGAGGUCUUCAUAUAAAUAUUUAUAUGUAUACACUUUUUUAUAUUGAUCUUUUGGGUUUUGCUCUAUUGAUUAAAUAGCAGAGUAUAAUCGGUUAAAUGGUCUAUUAGAAGUUUAUGAUGCAGUGUGCCAAAGAUGGACAAAGUAAUCUUCUGGGAUGUGCAAUUUCAAUGUAAUCAACUUGUAGUCUAAUAGAAUUAUGUUUGUUAAUCACUUGGAAAUUAGUUGUAUUUGCUCAAAGUAAAAAAGGAAAAUUUGAAGGGUUUU